AUGACCGCCGCGGCCGAUGACCUCGCACGCCGCUUCGCCACAUUCCUCCCCGUCCCGCUCCUGCCGCCGCCCCAGAAGCAGCAGCUCUCCAGUGUGGCCGCCGCCGUGCUCAACGCCGGUGGACGUCUGGGCUGCGCCGUGGGCGACGUCUUCGGCCGCCUCCGCAUCGACGACACCUUCUACUCUGGCGGUGGCAUGCCAAAGCAGCGCCGGUGCAACGCCGGGGAGAAGAAUGGUGGGAGCGGGAGAUCGGUGGCCGGAGCGUCGGCCGCGGUCAGCAAGGACGGGGCCACCGGCGGCGACGACGACUCCCUCGGCUCCUCCAGGAGGUUUGCGCAGGCGCAGGGGAGCAUGAACCGGUCGGCGACGUACGAUAGCAGCACGAACGACGUGGAAAGCUCGAUGGUGGCGAGAGGCCACCUGUGGUGCACGGAGGCAUCGUGCACAGCAGCAACAGCGACGCCGCUAGUGCCUCUGCUCCGACACUCCGACAGGCGGCAUCGCCGGCUAUGGUGCCAACCUGUUCCUCGUGCAGCUCGGCUAGGUCCUCUUCGUCCAUGA